CGCCAACCAUCCCGUCCCCCACACACCUCACGCCGCGCGCCAAGCCAAGAAGAAGACGCACCCACGCAGCACGCACGCCAUGGCCGCCACCGCGUCCCUGUCCGCCGUCGCGGCGCCCCUGUCCGUCGCCGGGCUCAAGAAGGCCGCGUCGUUCCGGCCCCUGCCGGUGGCCAGGGCCGGCAGGCCCGCGGCGAGGAUGACGGCCGUCCGGGCGUCCUCCGCGUCCGUGCAGGAGAAGCUCACGGCCGGGCUGACCGCGGCGGCCGUGGCGGCGGCGCUGGUGCUGCCCGAGGUCGCGGAGGCCGCGUCCCCGGGGCUGUCCCCGUCGCUCAAGAACUUCCUGCUCAGCAUCGUGUCCGGCGGGGUCGUCUUCGCCGGCAUCGCCGGGGCCGUCGUCGCCGUCUCCAACUUCGACCCCGUCAAGAGGACCUGAUCAUCUUACUGGAUUCUCAUGGCAGGUCGCCUCGCUUUGUAUCUCGAUGAAUCUCUUUGCUGUGUUUUAUUCGGAGACUCUGUACGUAGAAGAGAUCCAUGACAAUGGAGUUCUGAUUAAUGGCUGUGUAUACUCUGGUUCGUCUGCUUAAACUGUUGCUUGCGGGCUGUA